UGGUGUUUGAUAAAACCCAGUGAUGACGUUUAUCAAAUAAAACAUUUUCAAACUAAAUUAAUAUUAAAAAUAUAUUUAAUAAUAAUAAAUAGUGUUAAAGAUAAAAUAACAAUGAUUAAUAAAUCUAUAUUUAUAUUUGUUGUAAUAUUGACAAUCUGUCAUAAUGCAUCAUGUUUUUAUUUGCCGGGCCUGGCUCCUGUCAAUUAUUGCCAAAAAGGUAGCGCUGGUGAAUCUGAAUCAUGCAAAUCUGAAGUUCCAUUAUUCGUGAAUCGUUUAAAUACGGAAGAAUCUGUAAUACCAUAUGAAUAUAAGUAUUUUGGUUUUUGUAAUCCAAAAACUGAGCAACAAUCACCUGUGGAAAAUUUAGGACAAGUAGUGUUUGGAGAACGAAUACGACCAUCCGCAUAUCAAAUACAAUUUUUAAAGAAUGAAUCCUGUAAAGAACUUUGCACAAUCAAAUAUUCCGGGAAUAAUAAAGAGAGUUUAGAGUAUUUGGAACGAUUAAAAAAAGGAAUGCGUUUAAAUUAUCAACAUCAUUGGAUUGUAGAUAAUAUGCCAGUGACAUGGUGUUAUCCAAUAUCGGAUGGACGUCAUUUUUGUAAUAUUGGUUUUCCGAUGGGAUGUUUUCCCGAUUAUUCACCACAACGUAUCUGUGAAGUGGAUAUUAACUACAAUAAACAGAAUACGUAUUAUUUGUUUAAUCAUGUUGAUCUCACGAUUACCUAUCAUAGCGGUGCCAAAGAAGAUUGGGCUGUGGGCAAUGAAAAUGAAGGCCGUAUUAUAUCCAUAAAAGUUGUACCCAGGUCUAUUGCCCAUAAAAAAGGGAAUAUAACAUGUAAAAGUCCUGAUGAGCGUGAUGAUCCGAUGACUUUAACUAAUAAAGACUUGGGACCAGAUGAAACAUUGGAGAUUACCUACUCAUAUUCGAUUACUUUUGUGAUGAAUAAUACGGUGAAAUGGUCUUCACGAUGGGAUUAUAUUUUGGAAUCUAUGCCCCAUGCGAAUAUCCAAUGGUUCAGUAUCGUAAAUUCGUUGUGUAUUGUGCUAUUUUUAUCAGGUAUGGUAGCCAUGAUAUUGUUACGUACUCUUCAUAAAGAUAUUGCACGGUACAAUCAGAUGGAAUGUGGCGAAGAUGCUCAAGAAGAAUUUGGAUGGAAACUAGUUCAUGGUGAUGUAUUUCGCCCACCACGUAAAGGAAUGCUCUUAUCUGUACUACUUGGCUCCGGUGUCCAAGUAUUUUGUAUGACACUGAUAACACUUGCGUUCGCUUGUCUUGGUUUCUUAAGUCCAGCGAAUCGUGGGGCAUUAAUGACAUGCGCAUUAAUAUUAUAUGUGCUAUUGGGCACACCGGCUGGUUAUGUUUCUGCCCGAAUAUACAAAAGUUUUGGUGGUGAAAAAUGGAAAUCAAAUGUAUUGCUAACUUCUAUGCUGUGUCCAGGACUUGUAUUUUCAGUAUUUUUCUUGCUGAAUUUAGUACUUUGGGCCCAUGCUAGUUCAGCAGCUGUACCGUUCACUACUUUACUCGCAUUAUUAGCGCUUUGGUUUGGAGUAUCAGUUCCGUUGACAUUUAUUGGCUCAUAUUUUGGAUUUAGUAAACGGGCCUUGGAACAUCCUGUCCGAACAAAUCAAAUACCACGACAAAUACCUGAACAAUCGUUCUACACUCAACCAAUACCUGGAGUAAUUAUGGGUGGUGUAUUACCGUUUGGAUGUAUUUUCAUACAAUUAUUUUUCAUAUUGAAUUCGCUAUGGUCGUCCCAAAUGUAUUAUAUGUUUGGAUUUCUAUUUCUAGUAUUUAUUAUUCUUGUAAUCACAUGUUCAGAGACAACAAUACUCUUGUGCUAUUUCCACUUAUGUGCCGAAGAUUAUCACUGGUGGUGGCGGUCUUUCUUAACAUCCGGAUUUACAGCGAUUUAUUUAUUCCUGUACUGUUGCCACUAUUUUGUAUCCAAAUUAAACAUUGAAGAUACUGCAUCAACAUUUUUAUAUUUUGGUUAUACAAUGAUUAUGGUAUUUUUAUUCUUUUUAUUAACAGGAACAAUUGGAUUCUUUGCCUGUUUCUGGUUUAUUCGUAAGAUUUAUAGUGUUGUUAAAGUUGAUUAAAUAUAUGCCGCUCAGACAGAUUUAGUAAACCACUUCGUUUCCUCAUAAAUAUUAAUUGCUAUAUUUACUCUCCAUAUUUCUUUCUCAUAAAUAUUUUAUGUACAAAAAAUUAUAAUAUAAAGUAAUGUACUUGUCCAUCCCUUUUCGCCCUUUAAUAUCAUCACUCCUUUUCAUACUUUAUCUUUGAUUACGAGAGACGGGGAGUGAAAAAAUACAAAAUAUUUUGUUAUGUCUAAAGUUUAAUUCAGAGUUUAUAUUAAAAUUUUUAUUUUUAAUUUAAUUCAAUUCUAGUGCAAUUUGUAAAAUUUUCGUAAGACAGCGUAAUUCAAAGGUCAAAUGGCCGCCAAAAUAAUAGGCGCGCUCUAAAGAAAUCAUUUAGGCAAUUGCCAAAGAUUUUUUCUAUAAAUUGCCCAGAUUGGAGCCUAAAUUCUUAGGGCGAACCUAAAUUUUUAUCAGUUGAAUUCUGUGACUGCAACUAUAUGUCAAAAUAAAUAUUUUGUACAAUGUUUAAAAUAUGUUGUGGAAUUAAAGAAUGGUAUCAAGCAACUUUAAUGAAAUGAUUAAACAAUGUGAAUGAAACAUACAGGCUAAUUUAUAAGCAUCUUUCAAACCUCGUCAAAAGAGCAUCGGAUUAUCGUAUUAAAAAUUUCUGAUUAAAAAUUUGGGCACUCAUUUUGAAUUUUUCCAACCAAGAUGCUAACCAAUCGUUCAGAUUUUUAUUAGUAUGAAAAUUUACUGAUAAAAUAAACCUCUUUCAUUAGAUCAGUGUUUAUGCGUUACAAUAAAACAAAUUUUCA